AUGUCCCCCGAUCCAGAUAAGCAUAGUGAAGACAUGAACUACUAUUUCCAGAGCGCUGAACAGGACCGUCUGAUGGCCGAAUUCGACCAGGAUCUGACGGACGCUUGGCGUGAAUCGGAAAGAAUCGUUGAAACAGACUUCCACAUCUAUUCUGCGAUGCAAGAUGACAUCCGGUUUUCUGAACUGGCCACGCAGGAUGAUAAAAAGCCAUUACAGCCAAUCCAGCUUGAUGCAGAAGCACAGCCCGCUACACCGCCUACCCCCACGGUUCACUGCUGGAACGAUGGUCCUCCUCCUGAGGUAGAGUCUAGCUCGUCUGCCCGUGAUGUCGCAGCUCUCUCGCCUCCGUCUACAAAUGGGCCUGCAUACGACGAGGUGAACUGGAUACCAUAUCAUAAACACAUGAUGUUGAAGGACGAUGACAACAACCCUCUGGUCAUUCAGAGCCUGGUAUACGUGACCACAUUCGCCUAUGUCACGCACCACAUCAUGGAGCUGUAG